AUGGUCUUUGCACCUUUGGAAUAUAAAGACUUCUGGAGAAGACAGACAUAUUUUUCUUCUCCUUAUGUCACAUCGUUGCUCCAUUGUCAAGAAGCAGAUGACUGUAGGAAUCACACACCAGUAACUGAGUUCCUCCUGAUGGGAAUCCCUCAUACAACUGGGCUGAGAAAUGUGCUCUUUUUCCUAUUUCUGGCCUUCUACCUCCAUCUGCUUGGGAACCUGCUCCUUCUUCUAGCCAUCCUCACCCCUUCUAAUCUCUACACUGCAAUGUAUUUCUUCCUGGGAAACCUGUCAGUGUUUGACUUAUUUUUCUCUUCAGUGAGUUCCCCCAAAAUGAUGCUGUACCUGAUAGGGCACAGCCAUGCCAUCUCUUACCAGGGCUGUGCCUCUCAGGUCUUCUACCAUUUCCUGGUCUACAGGGAGUGCUUCCUGUACAACGUGAUGGCCUAUGACUAUUUUACAGCCAUCUGUCACCGUUUGCAAUACAUAGUCAUCAUGAGCCAUCGGGUGUGUGCCAUCAUGAUUGUGGGCACCUGGAUGGGGAACUGUGCAUGCAUUUGUCCUCACAUUCCUCACCUUAAGUUACCCUACUGUGGCCCAACUGAGGUGGACAAUUUUUUCUGUGAUAUUCCGGUGAUGCUGCCCUUAGCCUGUGCAGAUUCCUCUUUUGCUCAGACAGUGAGUUUUACCAACGUGGAUGUUGUUUCACUUGUGUGUUUCCUCCUUAUACUCACUUCUUACACUCACAUUGCUCAAUCCACAUUGAAGAUCUGUUUCUCAGAAGGCAGGCGCAGAGCCUUCUCUACCUGCAGUGCCCACCUGACAUCUAUCCUGCUGUCAGGAUAUGGCCCAGUGGUCCUCAUUUAUAUCCAACCUGCUUCCAGCUCUUGGUUGAAUUCUGUGAUUCAGGUGUUAAAUAAUAUUGUUAUGCCUUCCUUCAACCUGAUUUAUUCCUUGAGACACAAGGAGGUAAAGUUGGCUCUGACAAAGGUGUUAACUCAAGGAGUACAUACUUGUGGAGAGUAA